AUGCUGAAAGGAAUCAAUCAUUUCAAUCACAAUGGGUAUAUCAAUGCGCUCAAAUGCUUUGAGAAAUCAGCCAAGGGAGAUAAUGAGUGUGCUCUUUUACUCAGUGCCUCUAUUUAUUAUAUGGGGUUUAACGGAGUGACAAGAAAUACAAGAAAGGCAUUUGAUUACUUCAAGAAGGUUGCCACUAAAUGGAAGAACCCGAUCGGACAGUACUAUGUCGGUGUGAUGCUAUUAACGGGCGAAGCUGGAUCUGAGCAAAAGAAGGAGGAAGCAAUCGAAUGGCUAACUCUUGCGGCUGAAGGAGGAUGGAACUCUGCUCAAGCGGCUGUCGGUCUUGUCUAUUAUGGAGGUCUAGGCGUUGAAAAGGAUUAUAAGAAGGCCACCACUUGGUUUAAUAAAGCGGUUCAGGCUGAUAACAAAUUAAAUGGAUGUGACAAUGAGACGUAUGAGUCUGAAGAUUUGGUCGUUUACCUCUUUAACAACAAAAGAUUCCGCCUCAAAGUUGAUCUGAAAGCCAAACAAUUGUUGGAUGAGUAUGAUGUUUCCCCCGAUGUUGAAGAUGGUGAUGUUUCUGGUUUUAACUUGUAUCAAGAGGCAUCCACAGACACUCAAAAUAAAAGCCGUAUCGAGGCCAUGUUUUGGUAUUCCAUGACAGGUGCUCCCUAUCUCAAGGGCGUCUGCCAAUUGACACCGCAAAUUUUUUUUCCGGUCGAAGUAUAA